AUGCUUUCCUUGUUACUUUAUCUAAUUUCUUCUAAGUUUUUAUCGCUUGAUGUGGGGUCUGCAUAUACUAAAGGAUAUGUUUUUGAGGACUCCGAAUCGCCAGAGAUAUCUUUAAACUUACUUGGAAGAAGAUUAACGCCAACGUACAUCGGCUUUCGUGCAGAUAAGCAAUUCAACUUAUCAGGCGAGAUACCCAUAUCCCCAAAAGAAGGACGUCUACUGACAGCAGCGAUAGGUGAUAAAGCUUAUCAAUAUUUGAAGCAUCGUCCAUGGAUGGCAACAGGGCAUUUGUUUAAUUUCAUCGACAUGCUACCAGAAAAGCAAGAACAAAUUGCCGCCCGCUUCCAUGUUAACACAUCUGCUGCAAGACUUCCAAUUCACAACUUAAUCUCGAUGUAUUUUCAAUUAAUUGCAAGAGAACUGCUUCCUGAUCAAUCCGUUACAGGAAUAUCAGUGUCUGUCCCUACUCAUUUCACUGUAAUUCAAAGAGAAAUCAUUCGAAAUUCUAUUAAACAAGCAGGAAUCUACUGUGAUGUCAUUUGCGAUGAAGCAACAUCAGUGGCAACAACAUAUACUGUUUCUAGAACAAAAUCUUUUUAUAAUAACAGCAAAGACGUUUUAUUCGUUGAUAUCGGCGCAUCAUCAACAAAAGCAUACGUAUACAACUUCAGGAUGAAGUCAGAUGCUGCUUCUCCAGAAAUUACAAGAAAAUCCUACGCUUAUGACGAAAAUUUCGGUGGAGACGACGUAACACAUAAUUUUGCUAAUUACUUAAUCGAACAUUACAAUAUGGGCAACCUUACAACUCAAGAAUAUCACAAAUUAUAUGAUGUUGCUGAAAAAAUUAAAAUAAAAUUGAGUUUAUCUCAAAGAGCAGAAGAAGCUUUCGACUUACGACCUGGUGUAGAGUAUAACAUUACAUUCCUCCGCCAAGAUUUCAUCAAAUUCCUCAAGCCAUUAAGAGAUUCAGUAUUAAAUGUAAUUAGACUGGCUUGUAGGCAUUUUUAUCCACAAGAAGUAGAAAUUCUCGGUGGUUCAUCGCGUAUACCGUACAUUGCAGACUCAAUUCGUGAAGCUUUGCAUAUUGUAAAUCAUUCUUUGAAUUCUGAUGAGGCAAUAGCUUAUGGAACUGGUACUGUUGCACAGCAAAUACUCGAGAGAUCAUUAUUGCGUCCUUUCAUCUAUCAAAAUAACUUCAGUUCCCAUUCAAUUAUUUUAAAUACUGAAGAUGAUCACUUCCCUCUUGUUGAAUACGGCCAUCCUUUGAACAGUAAUCUUAAAUUUGCCGGAAUAGCGUCAUUCAUACCUAUGCAGUACACAUACGGCUUCCCAGACGGUAUUGAACAUAGAUCAUUGUUUUACGCCAUUUCGAAUCGCAAAAAUUUUCAGUUUACAACUAUUGAAUUUUCAAAUGAACCAUUUGAUAUAUAUUCUGUUACAGGAUGUAUGUCAGAAGAUGAUGAAAGCACAUGCGAAGAGAUUGGUUUUUCAAUUCUUGCAAAAUAUAUACAAAAUACGACAAUCCACGGUUCCGUUAUGGGCAGAUACGAGAAUGAGCGUCGUAUUUUGAUUGCAAGGAAGGAGAUUGAAACCCUUGCAAGCAGAUCUCUUCGAGAAAUCAAGUUCAACAUGACGAUGAAGUUAUUUUCAACAGAUUUCGAAAGAAAAGACAUCGAAACCAUUGCCAAAGACUCAAUGACAUUCCUUAAUGAUAACCAAGAAGAAUACGAUCCAGAAAUAUUCGAAGAACAGCUCGAAAACCUGAAAAACAAAACAAACAUUGUUUACAACAGAAUCCGCGAGAAUUCUACUAUUUCGCAAGUCAUGACUAAGCUAUACAAACUUGUACAAGUAGCAGAGAACUACGCAUUCUUGGAAGUUCCAAUCAACAAGUCGUUUGUUGGUCAAAAGAACAUCGAAAGAAUCCAGGAAAAAGUCAAUGAAACGAAAAAGAAAUACAACGAGUUUGCUGAGAUAAUUAAUAAGUCUCCUAUGAAUAAGGAUAGACCGGUGAAGGCAUUAGACAUCAACCAAAUAGCAGAUGAGCUGAUCAAGGAAUUGGACAGAAUCAGAAACAUGAAAGAAUACAAGAAAAAAGAAGAAGAAAAGAAAAAUUCUAAAAAAGGAUUUUUUACGGAUUUGUUUGGAAAAAUAAGAGAUAAAAUAUCCACAGAUACAGACUUCGUUCCUGAAGUUGAUAUAAUAGAAGAUGAUGCUUUGUAA